GAAGAAGACGCAUUAGCGCGCAUUGUAAAGUGGCUGAGUGACUGAAGAUGUUUGUGUAUGAGCGCUUAUAACAUCGAAUUCAAGAUCAACGCAAAACAGAAGAAAAUUCACAAACAGGAUAAACUUCCAUGUGGAACGACUGAGAGCUGCCUUAACGUACAAGAUGGAGGAUAUUAAAGUGGAAAAUGAAGAAAUGAAAAUUACAGAACCAUGCGAAAUUAAAUCGGAAGAUAAUGGUUUCCAAAUACUAGAUCCGAUGGAAUUGAAAAGGGAAAGUGAAGAGCAACAUCAGUAUCAGACACCUGAUGAUUUCAUAACUGAAGAUAAACCUCUUAACUGCUUUCAACCUGGAAACAAUUUCUUACAAGAAAUUACAGCUCAAAUGCCAGAAGAGGAAAAUUCAGUGUCGCAAAUGAGUGGAAACCACGUGGCGGUUCACACUGGAUCGAAGCCUUUCAAAUGCCAUUGUGGAACGAGUUUCCAAUCCUUCAGACAACUUAAAGACCACAUGAAGAUUCACAUUAAUGAGAGGAAGCUUUAUAGAUGUCAGUUUUGUAAAAGUAAAUUCAAAUACUUAAGAGAUCUAAGACGACACGUGAAAAUUCACAGUAGCGGAGAGCUUUUCGUGUGCCAGCAAUGCGGAAAAACAUUCAAAAACCGAGGAAGUCUUAUAAACCAUAUGGGAAUUCACACUGAUGAGAAGCCGUACGGGUGCCAGUACUGUGGACAGGGUUUUAAAUACAAAGGAUUCCUUGAGAACCACAUGAGCAUUCACUCCGAAGAAAGGUUUUUCGUAUGCACCCAUUGUGAAAAGAGUUUCAAAGACAAAUCAAGCCUUGUAAACCACAUGGAAGUUCACUCCGAAGAAAUGGUUUUCGUAUGCACCCAGUGUGAAAAGAGUUUCAAAGACGAAUCAAGUCUUUUAAACCACAUGGAAGUUCACACUAGACUGACGCCUUUCAUGUGCCAUUGUGGAAUGAGUUUCAAAUCCUUAAAACAACUUAAAAACCACAAGAAGGUUCACGUAAAUGUAAAGAAGCCUUAUGGAUGUGAGUUUUGUGAGAAGCAAUUCAAAUUCGUAAGAGACCUAAUAAAACAUGUGAGAAUGCACAGUAAAAGAAAGCUUUUCAUCUGCCAGCAAUGCGGAAAAGCUCUCAAAAACCAAGGAAGUCUUAUAAACCAUAUGGGAAUUCACACUGAAGAGAGGCCACACAAGUGCCAGGACUGUGGAAAGGGUUUCAAAUAUAAAGGUCGUCUCGAGAAUCACCUCCAUGAGGGGUGUCACAAAAAUGAUGUUUAAGAAGAGCAGGUUUGAUUCUCUGGACAAACCUGGGGACAGCUGAAUAUAUAUGUGCUGGAUAUACAAUAUACAUUAGUGUCAGAUGCCUACUGAUUUCUUAACUGAAGAAAUUUUUUGCAUUUUCCUAACACCAACCCGAAUCAAACACAGCUUAACCAAGUUGUUAGAGUCAGGUGUGUUGGAGAGAAGGGUUUAAAACUAAAAUGUCCAGAAUCAGGGUUUGAGAUCCCUGUUAUUGCAGCAGUCGUCUAGCAAUAAACAUAACAGGAUUUUAAAUGGUUAUUUAGCAAAAAUAACCAGAUGGAUAAAACAUUUGGAUACUCAAAUCAAAAGAUAUUGUGAUACCUGAAAUAUCACAGUAUGCAUAUCACAAUACUUUGCAAUGACUAUUAUUAUGUAGUCAAAAUAUUAGGUUUAUACAGCUAGCAGGGAGAGUGACAAAGCACGAGUGAUGCUUUUCCCAGAAAUAAUGUUACAUUUAUUUUGAUUAUGUAAUUUUCAAUUUACGAAAAUAUCUUUUAAUGUUAUCUGUUAUUUGAUUUUAAUACUUUAAGCAUAACAUUGCAUAUUGUUAUCAGAUUUCGUUUAUAUUGUGCACUCUUUCUCGGUAUGCAUGACACAUAAAUGAUUGUAGUUGUGCGUUUGCUGUUUUUAUAAUCAUAGUUUUCUAAAUAAACCUUGAUUGUUUGUUAGAUGCAUGAAGCUUCUUCGUGAAUAUGGUUUUAUGAUUGUAAAGAUGUUAAAGAACUAAAAUAACAAAAAAUCUUACAUAUAUACCAAUACCAUGAUUCUGUAAAAUAAUUGGAUUUGUGACAAUAGUAUGCUGUUGAAAGUCUCAGGGAAUCUGUCGUCUCGCAUCAAGAAAGUCCCUGGUUUGAGUUCUUGCAUGAUCUCCCUGCUGUGUUGCUGUUCAGUCUCCCCCAUAAUCCAAGUACAUCAUAGGUCACCAAACUAAGGCCCGCGGGCCGACUCAGGCCCGUCACCCCCUUUUGACCAGCCCUUCUGCCCCCCACUAAUUGAUUCGGCCCUAUGAGGCAAUUUUAUUUUUUGGUAAUUGUUUUUUGGAAAUUAAUAACAUGUUCACAUCUGGUAUUUUGUUGAUUUUUUUUACAUGAACACUGGCCGUGUUCAUGACAGCAAAAUGGCUAGCAUUAAACAAUCUGGGUCAUAAAUAUAGCUGUUAAAUAUAUAUUUAUAUAGCUGACCCGGCCCCCCAUCACAGUCAGGAACGAUAAUGUGGCCCCCGGAGAAAAAAGUUUGGUGACCCCUAAAGUAGAUUUUUAACUACCCAUAGGGUGAGUAUUAGUGUGUGUCCCCUGUACAUUUCCUUUGGUGUGUAAGUGUGUAUUUGUACUUGUUAACAAUAUGCAAAAGGUACAUGCAUCAAAGU